AUGCUGGAGGAGAGAGGACUGAUGGAGAGACUUGAAUGGCAGAAGGAGCAAAUUGCAAUGGAAAUUGAAAUGUUAAGAAGAAGAUUGAGGACCCAGCAGAGACCAGAGUCUCCUGAACCUGAACCUGAACCCAGCUGUGUGUCCUUAAAGAGCGACCGGUCAAAUCAUCGCCUCAUUGACUUUAAAGGAGAGCAACCCUCUGAUGAAAAGAGGAUCCAUCAAAGACCAGACUCUGCUGAACCUGGACCCAGCUGUGUGUCCUUCAAGAGUGACCGGUCAAAUCAUCGCCUCAUUGAUUUUAAAGGUCAACAACCCUAUGCUGGAAAGAAGAUCCAUCAAAGACCAGACUCUGCUGAACCUGGACCCAGCUGUGUGUCCUUCAAGAGUGACCGGUCAAAUCAUCGCCUCAUUGAUUUUAAAGGUCAACAACCCUAUGCUGGAAAGAAAGUGGACCAGGAGAGCUCAGAGGUUCCCAGUGGUCAGUCUACCCAGCAGCAUCAAACACACCUGGACUCCAUCUUUAUGCUGCUGAAGGAGAAUAUCGGUACUUUUAUGAAGAAUGAGCUGAAGAAGAUCCAGAAGGUUCUGAGUCCUGAUUACCCAGAAUGCUCAGAGAGUCAAAGGAAGGAUGAGGAUGAAGAGGACAGGAGGAGCAAAGAGGCAUUUCUGAUGAUCACACUGGACUUCCUGAGGAGAAUGAAGCUGGACGAGCUGGCUGACCGUCUGCAAAGCAGAAGCCCAGCAGGAGUUUGUAAACGUAAACUCAAAUCUAACCAUCAGAAGAAGUUCCAGUGUGGGUUUGAGGGGAUUGCUAAAGCAGGAAACCCAACCCUUCUGAAUCAGAUGUUCACAGAGAUCUACAUCACAAAGGGAGGGACUGCAGAGGUCAAUGAUGAACAUGAGGUCAGACAGAUUGAAACAGCAUCCAGGAAACCAGGCAGACCAGAAACAAGAAUCAGACAAGAAGACAUAUUUAAAACCCCACCUGGAAGAGAUGAACCAAUCAGAACAGUGAUGACUAAGGGAGUGGCUGGCAUCGGGAAAACAGUCUUAACACAGAAGUUCACUCUGGACUGGGCUGAAGGCAAAGCCAACCAGGACAUCCAGUUCACAUUUCCAUUCACCUUCAGAGAGCUGAAUGUGCUGAAAGAGAGAAAGUACAGCUUGAUGGAACUUGUUCAUUACUUCUUUAGGGAAACCAAAGAAGCAGGAAUCUGCAGGUUUGAAGAGUUCCCGGUUGUGUUCAUCUUUGACGGUCUGGAUGAGUGUCGACUUCCUCUGGACUUCCUAAACACCAAAAUCCUGACUGAUGUUACAAAGUCCACCUCAGUGGAUGUGCUGCUGACAAACCUCAUCAGGGGGAAUCUGCUUCCAUCUGCUCACCUCUGGAUAACCACACGACCUGCAGCAGCCAAUCAGAUCCCUCCUGGGUGUGUUGACAUGGUGACAGAGAUCAGAGGGUUCACUGACGCCCAGAAGGAGGAGUACUUCAGGAAGAGAUUCAGAGAUGAGGAGCAGGCCAACAGAAUCAUCUCCCACAUUAAGACUUCACGAAGCCUCCACAUCAUGUGCCACAUCCCAGUCUUCUGCUGGAUCACUGCUACAGUUCUGGAUGAUGUCUUGAAGACCAGAGAGGGAGGAGAGCUGCCCAAGACCCUGACUGAGAUGUACAUCCACUUCCUGGUGGUUCAGGCCAAAGUGAAGAACAUCAAGUAUGAUGGAGGAGCUGAGACAGAUCCACACUGGAGUCUAGAGAGUAGGAAGAUGAUGGAGUCUCUGGGAAAACUGGCUUUUGAGCAGCUGCAGAAAGGCAACCUGAUCUUCUAUGAAUCCGACCUGACAGAGUGUGGCAUUGAUAUCAGAGCAGCCUCAGUGUGCUCAGGAGUGUUCACACAGAUCUUUAAAGAGGAGAGAGGACUGUACCAGGACAAGGUGUUCUGCUUCAUCCAUCUGAGUGUUCAGGAGUUUCUGGCUGCUCUUCAUGUCCAUCUGACAUUUAUCAACUCUGGAGUCAACCUGCUGUCAGACGAACAAACAACAUCAACACAGUUCUACCAGAGUGCUGUGGACAAGGCCUUACAGAGUCCAAAUGGACACCUGGACUUGUUCCUCCGCUUUCUCCUGGGUCUUUCACUGCAGACCAAUCAGAAUCUCCUACGAGGUCUGAUGACACAGACAGGAAGUAGCUCACAGACCAAUCACGAAACAGUUGAGUACAUCAAGAAGAAGAUCAGUGAGAAUCUGUCUGCAGAGAGAAGCAUCAAUCUGUUCCACUGUCUGAAUGAACUGAAUGAUGAUUCCCUAGUGGAGGAGAUCCAACAGUCCCUGAGAUCAGGACGUAUCUCCAGACAUAAACUGUCUCCUGCUCAGUGGUCAGCUCUGGUCUUCAUCCUACUGUCAUCAGAAGAAGAUCUGGACGUGUUUGACCUGAAGAAAUACUCUGCUUCAGAGGAGGCUCUUCUGAGGCUGUUGCCAGUGGUCAAAGCCUCCAACAAAGCUCUACUGAGUGGCUGUAAUCUGUCAGAGAGAAGCUGUGAAGCUCUGUCCUCAGUUCUCAGCUCCCAGUCAUCUAGUCUGAGAGAGCUGGACCUGAGUAACAACAACCUGCAGGAUUCAGGAGGGAAGCUGAUCUCUGUUGGACUGAAGAGUCCACACUGCACACUGGAGACUCUCAGACUGAGUGGCUGUAACCUGUCAGAGAGAAGCUGUGAAGAUCUGUCCUCAGUUCUCAGCUCCCAGUCCUCUAGUCUGAGAGAGAUUGACCUGAGUAACAACAACCUGCAGGAUUCAGGAGGGAAGCUGAUCUCUGUUGGACUGAAGAGUCCACACUGCACACUGGAGACUCUCAGGGUGGAGCCUGCUGGAGUCAGAUGGUUGACACCAGGUCUGAGGAAGUAUUCCUGUGAACUCACACUGGACACAAACACAGUGAGCAGAUACCUCAAACUGUCUGACAACAACAGGAAGGUGACAUUUGUGAUGGAGUAUCAGCCAUAUCCUGAUCAUCCAGAGAGGUUUGACUCCAGGUAUCCUCAGCUGCUGUGUAGAGAUGGUCUGACUGGUCGCUGUUACUGGGAGGUCGAGAGGAGAGGAGAUGUUGUUAUAUCAGUGAGUUACAGAGGAAUCAGCAGGAGAGGAAACAGUGAUGACUGUGUGUUUGGAUAUAAUGAUCAGUCCUGGAGUCUGUUCUGCUCUGAUGAUGGUCGUUACUAUGUCUAUCACAAUAAGAGAGUAAAAUCCAUCUCCUCCUCCUCUCUCCCUGAUAGAGUAGCAGUGUAUGUGGACUGUCCUGCUGGCUCUCUGUCCUUCUACAGAGUCUCCUCUGACUCACUGAUCCACCUCUACACCUUCAACACCACAUUCACUCAACCUCUUUAUCCUGGGUUUGGGUUCAGCUAUGGCUCCUCAGUGUCUCUGUGUUCUGUGUGA